GCGGGACAGCGAAUUACGAUGAGUUUCCACAGUAUGAGAAGUUUUUGCGGGCUAAUAUUACUGCUUAACAUUUUAACCAAGAUUAGCGAUGCCGACGCGAGAAACAUCCCAUCGGCAAGCACAAGGAACACUGCUCCUCAAGUUACAAUACUUCAGGGUGCUCUUGAGGGCACAACCGUGUUGAGUUUGAAUAAUAGAACCAUCUACUCUUUCCUGGGAAUUCCUUACGCUCAACCGCCGAUCGGGAACCUGAGAUUCAGCAACCCCGUUGCAGCGGAAAGUUGGAGCGGGACACUCAAUGCGACUGUGGAUGGUGAAAAGUGCCUACAGUUUGUGGUAACCGGAAGCGAGGACUGUUUAUACUUGAACGUUUACACCCCGCAGCUUCCGGAAAGUGGUUCAUCUUCUUUGCUUCCGGUGAUGGUUUCGAUUCACGGCGGAGGAUUCGCCUAUGGAAGUGGAGACUUUGAGGGCAAUGGCCCAGCUUAUCUGCUCGACGCAGACGUGGUGCUUGUCACCAUGAAUUACCGCUUGGGAGUGCUGGGCUUCUUGAGCACUGGAGACGAGGCCGCGCCAGGCAACUGGGGCCUCAAGGAUCAGGUGUUGUCCUUGGAGUGGGUUCGCGACAACAUUGCGUUCUUCGGUGGAGAUCCGAACCAAGUAACGAUAAUGGGGAACAGCGCCGGUGGUGCUUCAGUGCAACUGUUGGCACUUUCAGACUUGGCAAGGGGCCUUUUCCACAAGUACAUCGCGCAGAGCGGAUCAGCCUUCGGUUUCUGGCCUUACCAGCCCAGUGAAUUGUCCGCACAACAUUCCCGCGCCCUUGGUGGAUAUCUCAACUGCGAUAGCAGUACUUCGACCCUUCUUAUCGAGUGUCUUAGAGAACUGAAUAGUUCGACUCUUAUGCUAGCGGAUAUGAUGUCCGGUGUGUGGAACACGGUGGGUGGGUCUUGGUCCCCGACUGAUGAGCCAGACAUUGAGGGUGCCCUUCUCACAGACAGUCCUGUCAACCUCGUCAACGCUGGAAAGAUGCAUGACCUGCCAUCGAUAUCCGGAAGCACGCGUGAUGAAGCUGCUACCUUCGUUGCAGGUUACGUACUGGUGCCCAGCUUGCUUGAGGAGUUUCUAGCUGAUAUCGACAACGCGAUCCCCAACGCACUUGGAUACUCAAAAUGGGUUGACGAUGUUUCUGCGUUUACUGCUGGAUUGAAGGACUUUUACUUCACCGACUUGACAGCCGAUAGAUCGGAGAUCUUGUAUAAUCUCACUCUCCUCAUAAGCGACAAUAACUUCAUAUACCCAGUCUUCAGAAUGGUCCAGACGCAGAACAGCAUGUUUGAGAGCGAUCAGUUCUUCUACUCCUUCGAUUACCGAGGAACUUACAGUCAAACCGACAUGAUAAGCAGUGCAAUGCCGAACAACAGCGCUGCUCAUGCCGAUGAGAUGUUUUACCUGUUUCCACAGACUGAGGCGAUCUUCGGCGCAACUCGAGAGAAUAUGACUGCCAAUGACCGCCAAAUGGUGGACACUAUGAUGGAGUUGUGGACUUCGUUCGCAAUAACUGGAAUCCCAACCACAACGACUGGCGGUGUAACUUGGCAACCGUUUGCAGCUGGCAACAAUAAUUAUCUCAGAAUAGGAGGUGACUCGGACCCAACGGUUUUGAAUCUGAACGAUUUUCAACCGGAAAGGAUGCAACUGUGGAGCGAUUUGCUGGCAGCAUCAUCUGCGGCGAAUUCAGCCAUCGUUUUUUCGCCUUUGAUAUCGAUACUUAUUUGUCUGGUUACUUACUUCAAGAUGCUCUAAUCAACAACGACGAGGACUAUGUGCUUUUGCAAAAUUAACGUAUACGUUUUACCAUCAGCGUGUAGUGAAUAGUACGAAUCAAAAGUUAAUCACAGGUUUUACGAUGUUAUAAUCUGAUUGAGAGUUAAAAAAAUAAAUUAAAGAGCUAUAUAAAUCGUGAUAAAAUAAUGUGAUUUCUGAUUACUUGGAAUUCAUUGUAGGCAUUUUCUUAUCCUUUUCGACAUAAUACAUUUUUUAAUUAUCAUUAGCCUUAUUGCAGCUAUGAAUAAAUUUAUGCGAAAUAA